GGGGAAGACGGGGACGGCAGGACGGAAGCGGCUUGUUGCUAGGGGCUGCCUGCCUAGCAACGGAGCCGCCGCAGUGACACGAUACAGCGCCGGCACCCGGGGACUGUUCUGCUCCUUAUUGUAAAUAUUUACAGAAAAUGGAAAAUCUGCCCACAACAUUUGAAGAAUUUUUGAAAUUUCAAAAUGUGACUCAUUGGCCAGAGAUGCUGCCUGAUGAAGAUGAGUUUAAUAUGAAAAUUCAGCCUGAAGUAGUAGUUUCAUAUGAAUCAGUGUCACGGUAUAUUUAUGAAAAUGCACCUUUUCGGGUGGAGUUUCUCACUGACAUGGGGAAACAAAUCGAUGAGUUUAAAUCACGCUUAGAAAAAUAUUCUUCAAAAAUCCUGCCAGAUGAGCCCAGGAAAUACAAGAACAAAGAACAUCUUUUCUAUCUACCAUCAGACACUUUUAUUACACAAAUGAUGGACUCUGAUGCAUUAAUAACACAUCCCAGUAGAAAGUAUUCAAAACAACCGGAUCGCUCACAGAGGAUCUUGGAUGUGGAGUCUCAACCAUUUACAGGCUUCAAAUCACACAUGUUCACAAAACUUCCUGGACAACUGGAGGCUAAGCAGUUGCUAAAUUGGAUUAGAAAGUUACGGAGUUUUCAUCUUGGAUUUCAAACAUCUUGGAGGAAGUUGAUCCUGUCAGAACCAUCUGCUGCCAUUGUUCAAGAUGUGUUUUGGUGGUUCUUCCUUCACAAAUUUAAGCCCUGCAAAGAAGAUGAAGAUCACCUCUUUAGCAGAAUUGCUGAUAGCUUUGUGACACUUUUCAUGAUUUCCCCAGUUGAGGUGCUGGAUAACUUAAUCCAGGUGUAUCCUGAUUGCAUAGCUCAAGCUGUCUAUGCAGCUUUCUAUAAAUCAUUCCCUGAAUCGCAUAACAAGUUUGGUGAAGAAUUUAAGAAUGAGCUAACUGAACUCAUUGCAUUGUGGAUGACAGGGAUAAUGCCAGUUGAAGCUUCCUGGAAAAACUGGGAUAUGCAAUGGCUAGAAAGUUCAAUGAGCAGGAGAGGUUCUGAAAGAGAAGAAAGCAUACUGGCAGAUAUAAAUGUCGAAUCAACUUCAUUACAGUUCAGAUACAACAUGGAUGACUUGGUACCUGAUAUUUGCAAUGUGGUAAAGGAACUACCACCUCGAAAACUACCACGUCCUGUGAUUGAGUCAGCCAAUGCUGGUCGAGGCCCAGAAUUCAAACGCAUUCGCCUCAGGCUUUCUGGUCGCAGCCCCCUGGUCGCUCACUUCCUCAACAUGAAGAAGGUGCAGGGUAGAAGUUUGGGCACCGUCGGAACAACACUGAAACACAAGGAAAUUUCCAAACAGCCAGCGCUCCAUCCAACCUACCUCGAAGUUAUCAAAGAAGCUGAGACUUUCAGCAAAGUUCUGCUACAGAAAAACAUUGAUGUACAUGAGCAAACCAAGAAGGAAGUUGCAAAAAUAAAGUGGGACCAGAAGCAGUUUAACAAAAGAAUUGACAGACUGAAAAAUGAGCUGAACCAAAAUGGAAAAUCACUUGAGUUGGCAAGUAAGACGCUCCUCAAAAUGACCACAUCUGAAGCUAAUAGCGGGCAAAAGAACGAGAAUUUGCCCAAGCCGGAAGAGAGAAAGAAACGAGAAUAAUCUGUACAGAUCGGAAACCUUGCAUCAAUUACAAUUUGUUAAAGCCUCUAGUAAACCACUAAAU